AUGGGGAAAGCUUUGCAUAUGGCGGGUUCGUUGCCAAAUUUACCGGCCCCCCCGGAACGGACCGGACGGCGUCGAAAGCUGAUGAAUCGAUAUUAUCACCGACAGGGAAAUUACACAAAGUUUCUGAAGAAUCUCCACACGGAGCAGUUGGCAAAGCUAGCGCUCAAGAAUCAGAAUGAGUGCGAGCUGCUGGAGGACAUCCGACAGUUCACGCUGAAGCGGUCCGCCAUCGAGAAAUCGUACAGUGAGGCACUGCUGAAGAUAUCGUCCGCAUACUUGAACAAGAAACAAGCAUGCAUUCCCGAGAUCAAGAUGGACGGUGCGGAGGAGAAAUGGAAUAUGUGGAGCGUAUGGCAGACGGUACUGGAGGAGAACGAAAAGCUGGCCCGAGCCAGGCUGGCUGCGGUGGAGGUGUUUCAGCAGCAGAUCGCCGACGAAGCGAAAGUUCUGCGCAGCACCAAGCUAAACAGUAGCAAACGCUGCGUCGAAAACCUGGGCGUUGUGCAGAAGGAGCUACAAAAUUCGGUCACCGACGUCGACAAGACGAAGAAAAUCUACUUCGACGAGGAGCAUAGCGCCCAUGACGUGCGCGACAAGGCGCGCGACAUCGAGGAGAAGCUGAAGAAGAAGAAGGGCUCAUUCUUCCAGUCCAUCACAUCGCUGCAGAAGAACAGUGCCCGGGUGACGUCGCGCAAGGAACAGCUGGAGGAGAAGUCCACGGGCGCACGGAACGAUUACAUUCUCAGCCUGGCGGCGGCCAACGCACACCAGAACCGCUACUUCACCAUCGACCUGCAAACGACGAUGGCUACGAUGGAGAACUACGUGUACGAGCGGGUCGCCGACUAUCUGGCACUGAUCGGCCGUACCGAGCUGUUGACCUGUUCGGCCACGCAGAACUCGUUCGGCAAGAUACGCGACCAGGCGCAGCAGCUCACGCGCGAGUACAAUCUGCAGUGCUGCUAUCUGUACUACCCGGUGCUGAAGCAACACAUCCAGUACGAGUUCGAACCGUGCGACAACGAUCCGGUGCGCAAGAUUACGGCGGAUCACGAAUCGGCCGCGGAUACGCUGAGCCGCGAGGGCAAACGCUGGGCGGGUCGGGUCGCCCGGGAGAGUAACGUUAUACGGGAGUGUGCCCGCAAGCUGGCGGUGUGUACGGCGCUACGGGAAGCGGGCCAUCGUACCGACCCGAACGACCAGAACGGGCCGGACCUGGAGACGAAGAUUGACGAGUUCCGCGAGAACAUUCGCAAGUCGGAGAUUGCAAAGGCGAAGGCGGAGGCACGGUUGGAAUGCUUGCGCAUCGGAGGCAUUAAUGUGGACGAAUGGAUACAGGAGGCGGAAACGCUCAGCGUGCAGGAGAUGCCACGCUCCGCCAGUUCGCUCUCGAUGCGCACGGAUGCGUCUGGACAGGGGGAAAAUCCCAGCUCCGAUUCAUUCUACGACAGCGACAACGCCGAACAAGACCAGCCGGUGUCGGAGUCAUCGCCCGCACCGAAACAACCGGAGCCACCGUCGGACGAGUUUACGGCCGACAGCGAUGAGGAUGAGGAGUUUGGCGUGGAACAGGAACGACAGAAGAUCGAGCAGAUUUCGCACGGUUGGGACGACCCCACCCAGGUCGACUGGGGUGCGGAGGAGGCAGCGGCAGCCGCGGCCGCCAGUAGCCAUGCCGCGGUCGAAACUGCUGCAGCAGCCGCGCAGCCACGGGAACCAGCGGGACAGACGUUCAAGUGUACCGCACUGUACUCGUACACCGCCCAGAAUCCGGACGAGCUGACCAUCGUGGAAAGCGAGCAGCUCGAGGUGGUCGGUGAGGGUGAUGGCGAUGGAUGGCUGCGGGCGCGCAACUAUCGCGGCGAGGAAGGCUUCGUCCCGCACAACUAUCUCGACGUGGAGCGGGACACACCGGUCGAUACGCACACGCCUGCCCAGCUGUCGUCGCAGAUAUCCUUCUCCUCGGUGGACUACACCGUGGACAAUGAGGAUCAGGAUCAGAUGCAGGACUCGGGCCAAUCGCCGGACCAGAUAUCGGUCAUAUCGGCACCGCGCAAGGUCAACAGUCAGCUGUACUGUGUGGCACUGUACGAUUACGAUGCCACCGCCGAGGAUGAGCUGACGUUCGAGGAGGGACAGAUUAUCAAACUCAUCACGAAAAGCCCGCACGGUGUGGAUGAUGGAUGGUGGGAGGGCGAACUGAUGGGCAAGAUCGGGAACUUUCCUUCGCUGGUGGUGGAGGAAUGCGACGAGAACGGUGAACCACUUACCGAUGCCGAGGACGAAUCGCCUCCACCGUCGGCGCCACCAACGUUUGCGGCACCGGCCCCGCCACCGCCGAUGAUACUACAGGAAGCCACACCACCGGAAGGUCAAAGUCCCAAUCUGACUAAUGCAGGGCCCGCAAUCGACCGAUUCGAGUUCGAGUUAAACAACGACCAACAUGAACAGUAUGGAACUCAAUUUUCCGCACCUCCAUCACAACCUCCACCGGUUGUAAUCUGUGAGGAUCCGGAGGCCGAAGAGGCCGCUACUAUGGAAGAGGAAUCUCGACAAGGGGCAACGGCAGCAGCUACUGCUAGCAGCGAUGAUAGCAACCAACUCAACUUUGCCCAGAUCAUUGUGACUUGCCCGACGCCGAUGCACGAAGAGCCGGACAAGAAGUUCCCGCCCGCGGAGGACGGCCCACCGGCCGGUGACGACGACCAGGCAGAGAUCGUCGAAAAGCAGGAGCAGGAAAAGCAGGAGAUUAGCAGCAAGCAGAAAUCUCAGGAUGCCGAGGUGCCAAAGCCACCCACGCCCCCGUCACAGGAGCCCGCGACCAAACCGAAGACCGCACCGCCCAAACCGGCCAAACCACCGUCACCACCCAAGCCGGAAAAGCCGGCGACCGCGCCGAAACCCACCAUUGUCGCGGCGAAAAGUGCCACCGCCAAGAAGCCGGAACGGGUCCGGGCGGGUACGGUACCGGAACCGGACCCCGAACCGGACGCGGCCCCGAUAGAGGACCCGGUUGCACCGUUCGAGGCGAACUUUGAGGCCAACUUCGAGGCAGGUUUUGCGGCCAACUUUGACGAUGCGUUCGGGCAGUGCAGCCAGCCGGAGGUACCGAAGCAGGUGGUAGGCGGGCGGGCCAGCAUACCGGAAGAGCUGGAACCACACCAGCUGGCGCGGCUGCAGAAUCUGAAGGAAUCGAACGCAUAA